AAUCGGUGAUAAAAUAUUUAAUGGCCCAACUACAACUAGAAGUAAAGUCCGAACAUUGUCAGGCGUCGUGAUCUUUUGGGCCUCUCGUCCUUAUUUCCUCGUCUCUCUCAUUCUCCCUGCCCCCCAACUUCUGUCUGUAGCUUAGAUUUUCAGAUAGCAUUCUCUCGUAAUCUUCAAAUCAUUAAGCUUACAUCCUUAUCCUCUCCGGUCUCUACCCGCAUCUCCUCUUAAAACACUCCCCCGCCAGAGAAUACAACAGCCAACUCACCAUCAGCCAUGUAGCGCCCAUACAAUGCACCAAGAAACUAUCCAUUUCCUCUCCUCCUCUACUAAGCCUUCUUUCUCUCCCUCUUCCUUCCUCUCAAAAUCCAGUUUCUUCCCUCCCCACCAUGAUUCUCCUUCACUUUCUCGCUCAAAAAACCACCUUUUCCAUGUAUUCUCCCUCAAAGCAGCUAUCUCUCUCCCGCUUAAAUCCCAUACUACUCCAGAACUUUCCUCCAUGUCGCCCCCGAGUCGCCCAGUACUCCACCAGCCCAAUCCUCGUCAUUCCCAAUUCCAGGAGAAAAUGCUCUACCUCGAUUCCAUCGGCCUCGACUUCUUCUCCCUCAUCAACCACUACCCUCCGAUCGUCUCCGCAUCCCUCUCUGACGUCAAAUCCACCGUCGAUUACAUGACCUCCCUGGGUUUCACUUCCAUCGAGUUCCGCCGAAUCGCCGGUAUGUGCCCCGAAAUCCUCACCUCUCGAGUCUCCGACAUAGUCCCCGUAUUCACCUUCCUGCUCCGCGAGGUCUGCGUCAACGGCUCCGAUCUCAAGCGCGUCAUCAACCGACGGCCCAGGUUGCUCGUCUGCAGCGUCAAGCAACGACUCCGCCCCACCCUAUACUUUCUCCAGAGUAUCGGCAUCUAUGAGGUUAACAAGCACACGUCUUUGCUCUCCACUAGUGUCGAAGAAAAGCUCAUACCCAGAAUCGAGUACUUCGAAAAAAUUGGGUUUUCGCACCAAGACGCGGUAUCCAUGUUUCGGAGAUUUCCGCAGCUAUUUAAUUGCAGCGUCAAGCAUAAUUUCGAGCCGAAAUUCGAUUACUUUGUGGUGGAAAUGGGAAGGGAUUUGCAGGAGCUGAAAGAGUUUCCGCAGUACUUCUCGUUUAGCUUAGAGAAUAGGAUCAAGCCUAGGCACCAGUGUUGUGUAGAGAAGGGUGUGUGCUUUCCUCUCCCCGUAUUGUUAAAGACGAGUGAGACGCAAUUCCAAGAGAGGUUGGAGGUGAUUUAGGAAAAUAAGACAUUAUCUGAGUGGCUGUCGAGUAUCAGAUCAUAAAGUCUGGAUUUGCUGUCGAGUAUCAGAUCAUAAAGUCUGGAUUUGCUGUUCUCCUACGCACUUAAACUGCAUUGCUACCACUAUCCUGCAAUCAAACGUAAGAUUUAUAGUAUAACCCUUUGUAUGACUAAGUUUUAGGUUAGGGAGAUUAACCGUUGAUUAAGGUUUUUCAAUUCGGGAUGUCUGAUAGAAUUCGAACGAUUCAUAGUGUAAGUCAAUUAUGUCCUGUGUUUUUAGUUUAUCUGAACUGAUGUACCUCCAAUGGUGGCAGUAAAGUCUGAAAGUUAGGGAUCUGUUGGUUGUUUUCUUAGACUUACCCGACAUGAAUGAUCCCUCUUAAGUUA